GAAAACACUGGUUCCUUUCAAAAUCAUCCCAGCAUUGCUGAAGGUUUAGUCACUUGCUUGUCAAGGGCUGGUACAGGCAGGUAGGCAAACUGGAAAACCUAGUAUUGCACAGCUGAGAGUCAGAGCUCUCAUAGCUAUGCAAAUCAAUACUUCCUCUGCCUUCCCUUUCUCUGCAGCUAGGGCAGCCGACUUUAUUUGUUCUUCCAAGGAAUUCCCCUAAUUUAACAGUAUUUUGUGAUCUCUCCUGUGAACACUAUCCCCUCUCUUCCUGUUUCCAGCCUCGUGUCUGAGCUACCACUGACCAUAAUAGCAGCUGAAACAAGAAAGAAAUGAGCUGGCUCCAUGCUCACUUCAGAGACAGAGGUUCUCGCAGAGGACCCUCUUCUGAGACCGAAGCAAUGAAAAGGCAGAGUUCUGCUCAGGAGCAAGAGAUUAUUGAAUUACGGGAACAUAAUGUGGAGGAAAGUGAGACUGAUCGUGACAAGCCUCUAAAUGCUCAAACGAGAAAGGAGAGAGAUGGCUGGAAAUCAUGCAGGAAUGUAGUUUUCUGGAAGUGUAAACUAUGGAUGGUUAUAUUUACAAUAUUUCUAGUGAUCUUCCUGGUCAUUCUCAUCAGCCUAAUUCUUUAUUCUAAUGUUUACACAGAUGAGGAUGACUACUGGGAUCCUGAUGAAUUACUAAGCAAUGGAAAUUUUCACAAUUUUUCAGGAACACUGGAGUUAAUGUGUGGUCUCCCACACUUCUCCUCUGAGGACAUUACUAAGAGGCUAACAGAGGUAUACAGCUCAUCUCCAGCUUUAGGACGUUACUUUAGGUCAGCUCAGGUGAUUUCUUUCAGUAAUGAAAGCUCCACCGUAAUUUAUCAGCUAGUGUUUUCUGUACCACCAUCAACAGAGGGAUUUAUGGAAAACCGUAUGAACCCAGAUUUUAUAAGGAACAUUUUACGUCAGUAUAUUUAUGAUGAAGAUACUCUUAAUCCUGGGACAUCUGAAUGUGACAGGUUAAAGCUCAACCUGACUUCUCUCACAUAGAAAUUAUGGAAAGAUUCUUCAUCUUCAUCACUACCUAGAAGAGAUGUGAUUCCCUAUCUACAAGUAAUCCCAGGGCAGGGAACUAUUCAUUAGCCUCCUUGGAUAAGGUGCUCUUUGCUCUAUUUUUCUCUUCUUCAAUGUGAAAUACAAAAGAAGAAAGCAACAGCAUGAAGAGACAUGUCUUGUUCACUAAUGCAGCUGAAUGUCACAGGAAUAUUUUAAGGGUCGAAUUAGCAGUGUGCUUUUACAGUUAGUUAUUGCUACUAGUGAAUAGACAGAUAUUUGACCUGUUUUUGUAAAUCUGAAGACUAGUCUAUAUCCUUAAUUAUAGUUCCUGCCUAGCACUGGGAUAAAAAUGAACAGAUGUAUUUGCCUUAAUAAGGCAGUAAAUAGUAGUUCUUGUUGAUGAGAGACCAGAGGAGAUGAAUCAGUGCCAAGAAGAUGCUGCUGGAGCAGAAGACAUAGGCCAGAAUGGCACAAAAGUUACAGGUGGUGACUGGCUAUAACAUAAAAAUUAAGCAUUACCUUUAUGCAGAAUGGAACAUAUUCACUACCAUGUGAGUGAACUACAUCUUGUCAUUUAUUUAUAGUCUUAUAAAUGUUAGUACUGUUGGAUAGAACUUUUAUUUUAAAAGCAUUUUGUACUGUUAGAAAUGUAAUGAAAAAUUUUUCUUCUCUUUCUAAUAUCACUAGUUUAUUUAGGAGUAAUCUGA